AUGGGCAAGCGCAAGACGGAAGAAGCCAACGGCGUCGAGGCCACAUCCAAAAAGAGGCGGCGCGACGAGGCCGAGGCCGAAAAUGUCGAGGUUAUCGACGCCGCCAAGGCAGAGAAGAAGAGAUUGAAGAAGGAAAAGAAGGACAAGAGGAAGGCGGAGGACGCGGCGGUGAACGACGAGGAGGGCGCAGACAAUCAGGAGCAAAAGAAGAAGAAGGACAAGAAGCAGAAGAAGGAAAAGAAGGCCAAGGAGGAGGAAGUGGAGGACGCAGCCCCUGUUGUCGACGCAGCAGAGUCGGAUAAGAAGAAGGAGAAGAAGAAGGACAAAAAGGAUAAGAAGAGCAAAAAGGAGAGCAAGUCCAAGUCGGAAGACGGCGCCGCAGACGGCCAGGGCGACGAGGCGAAGCCUAAAACGAAGAGGAAGCGGGACGCCGAGGAGACCGACGGCGUAGAUGAUACGCAAGCCGCAGGCGACGGAAAGCCCGACAAGAAGAAGAGCAAGGACGGCAAGAAGAGCAAAAAGAGCAGUAAGGAGUCGGCAGGAGACAAGAACAACGCCGCCGAGGCCAUGACGAUGACGCCCAGCGGUGACGCGCAAGAAGGAGAGCAAGACGGAGACGACGAGGAGCAGCAGCAGGCCGGCGGCGGCGGCAAGAACACGCGCUUUAUCGUCUUUGUCGGCAACCUCCCCUUCACGGCGACCAAGGAGCACAUUGCGGCGCACUUUGCCAGCCUCAAGCCCACGUCUGUGCGGCUGCUCACCGACAGGAACGACCCCAAGAAGUCGCGCGGCAUAGCCUUUGUCGAGUUUGACAACUAUAGCCACAUGAAGACGUGCCUCGCCAAGAUGCACCACUCUGAGUUUGAAGACGGUUUGUCGGCGCCAAGGAAGAUCAAUGUCGAGCUGACUGCCGGUGGCGGCGGCAAGACUCCGUUCCGCAAGGAAAAGAUCAGGGCAAAGAACGACAAGCUACGCGAGGAGCGCGCGCGCAGGAUGAAGGCUGAGCUUGAGGCCAAGCACAAGGAAGACGAGCAAGAUGGGAUCCAUCCUAGCCGGAGGGCCCAGAUGCAUCGGAACCAACAGGCCGGUACGCAAUGA